AUGCUACUGUACAAUAUAACACUCACUUUUCACUAUUUAUGUUAUGAGUCCCAUGUAAAAGGGGGUAAGCCUAUUGCCAUAUACCGGGCACAAUACCAGCCUCCGUGGUACAACUGAGAUUUUUUUUAACACAGAAAUAAUACCAUUUCACAACCGAGAAUCGAACCUGCUAUACGUUGCGCGGCAGCCAGUUGCCCAGCCACCGCGCCAACCGUGCAGUCAGAAUAGAUUGGUAAUAAACAGAUAGAGAAAUAAUGAUUGGAUGUCUGAUAAGGAAUGACGGUGUCCAUUAUUUGGUUAAAAUAAAACAAUACAAGAUUUAAAAUUGAAGUUAUUAAUUGUGACUGCACGGUUGGCGCGGUGGCUGGGCAACCG